CAUAUUGACCAUGACAAUCGCAGAACACACACACGAAGACCUCGCAACCAAAGAAGAUGUUGCGGACUACAAGGUGAUCAUCGCCGACGCGAUCCUGUCGCUCACCAACAGCAACCUCGCGGCGAACGCACGUGUGGAAGGGUUGGUGACCGAGAUGCAUGAGAUCCGAUCAGACCUUCAAAAACUAACAGAAUCCGUCAGCAACCUAAUCGAGACAAACCGGCGCGCGAUUGGGUUCACAUCGUCCGACGAUUGA